AAGUUCCUUUAUGUUCUCGCUGAUUUACUUAAAAAGUUGACGGUGUCUAAAAUAGUUACUGGACGCCAAAUGGUAUUACAUAGAAUCUUAGGACAAGCAUAAGAUAAUGUUCACAAAAUAAGAUCUAAUAUUAUGCCUUUACCGCCUUGUACCUAUUUGUUGGACCUAUUGUGUAUUUAUGUAAAAGAAAGGCAUCCGAAUGACUGUGUAUACGGUCAUACAAAACAUUUUAAUUGGUUUUUCAUAGGCUAGAGACUAAUGGGCAGCUUCUACCACAAAACAAGUUACCUGAAACACAACCUAUUCAAGAUACACUAUAGAAUUAUUGGUUAGAAGUCUAUUAUAUUAUAUUAUGUCUGAAUACUUUAACAUUAAUUCCCAGAAACACAAUUAAGGCUGCACAGCAGAAUUAGAUCUGACAUAAAAUUAGCUAUUCUAAUAAAACAAUUUAAGUGCAUAUAUUAGCUUAUGCAUAAUGACAUGUGCCAGAUCAUCUUAUAGCUAAAGGAACUCUGCAUCCAUCUUGUGCUAAUAAAAUCUAAGGCUUCACAAAAAUAUGAAAAUGUCCUUUUCAGACUCACACAAAUUUCUGUGAUUGCAAGAUUAACUAUAUUUCUACACUACCUUUCUACAGUGCAUGUACAGCAUUCAUCAGAUCUGCAUGCAAAAAUAAGAAUAGCACAGACUGUCUCUUGUAAGCAACUGGUUGUGUGUGCUUCCAGAGUCAGGGUACUACCACCCGCUGUACUGAAGCCUUGUACAGAUCACGCUACUAUAUCAUGCGCUUCUUUACUAUAUCAUGCAAGACCGAUGUGAGUCACAUUCAGUUUGUUGUUUAACAAAUAUAAAGAAAUACUGGGUUAUGCACACAAUUUUCUUAUUUGCACUGUGGGCAAUAUAAAUUGCAUUCUCACCAAAUCCCAAAUUCUUUUAUAAUUCUAGCCCCAGUGUUUAAUCCUUAAACUGAAACAAGAGUAUUUCGACCAUCAGCUGGUUGUGCUUUUUGCUGGUGAUACACAAAUAAAAGCGGCAUCAAGGGCUGCGUGAACUGGAGAACCAAUUCAGCAAUAAGACAACCAAUUAAUUUGGAGACAUGUGAUGUACAGUAAGGCCAUAGAAAUGCUUGCCUAACAACAUAAAAUGCACGCUAUAGACUCAAGAUAUGAAUGCACUUUGUUCGGUUGUCAAAGCCCAUUGUAGGUUAAAAUCCCUGGCACCUUAAUGUUUUAUUCGUGAAUAAACAACAACGAAAAAUUAAUAUAAGUCUGAAAAGUAGCAAUAAACCAGUUAUCCCGCAUUUACAAUUAUUAAAAUGUUGCUUUUGAUUACCGCCUACGUCUACGUUAUCGCCGUUAUUGCCUCUAUCACUUAAGGUUGGACCGCGCAUGUCGAUGACGUCAUCGCGCUAUAAAGCACAACAAGAGUAGAGGGCGUCGGGACACUUUAACACGGCUAACGUUAGCGAAUGGUUUACUGUCAUAACCGGUUUCUGUUAGUUUUCGUUCGUGGCUGAAAUGAGCAAGCCCGGCACAACAAUUUAAAGUGCUGCUUAUUCUCGUCUAAGAGAUUACCCACCAUUGAACUGUGUCUCGAUUGUUUAGUUAACUAGUUAGGUAGCUAGGUUAGCUUUUGCUUGUUAUUUAUCCAGUUAGCUAGCGUUAGCUGGCCAAGGGGAAUUAAGUUGCACAGCUCAGAUAUAUAGCGUUAGUUGUAAUCAUACUGCUAGCGAGCUAACUUGCUAUAGUAAGUCAUUGCACUGUCAACAAACUGGAACGGUGCAUUUUGUCCCCCAAUUCUUGAUCUUUUUCUACAGUAGCUAGCGUUAGCUGGCUAAUGUUCCGACAAUAAGCCAGUAUGCUGAGGUGCAACCUAAUGAAGAUGUCUCGGUGAAAAAAUGAAGUAGAGGCAUGAUCACUGCAGAGCUGUGGAAGUCUACCCUCACUGAUCAUGCCUCCAAGGAAGAGACCUCUCGUUCCUGUUAGUGCACGAAGGAGGUUAAAAGCCAAUGAAGAUUACUUUCCUUUCAAUUUGCUGCCAGUGGAAUGUCAGCUUCAUGUGCUUUCAUUCCUUAGUGAAGUGGAUAAGUGUAACUCUGCACUCGUAUGUUCUAGCUGGAGCUGCCUGGUACGAUCAGGUAAGCUUUGGAGAGUUGCAGACUAUUCCCGUCGUGGGGUUUUCCAUCUCGGACAAGAGGGACUGCUUGUAUCCAACAGGGAAUUUGAGCGCUGGAAGGCCUGGGUUCAUCAUUAUACUCACCAUCUCGUAUCUCGUGGGGCCAGUCUGCUCACGCUCAAAGCAAGUUUUGAUUUGGGAGACCAGUGCAAUAAGUGGGGAGAGCUCCUAUCUCACCUGCUAGAAAAUGUCCACUGCAGGGACCUUAGUCAUUUAGACUUGAACUGGACAUUCACGCUUCUGGAACCCUUGGACCUCCGGCUCAACUCCAGUUCUAGCGCUUAUCAGGACAAUAUCACCAAAAUGGACCAAGUCAGUAAUUUUCAGGUUCUUUUAGCCAAACUGGCCCAGAGUUGUCCUCGAAUCACCAAGAUGCGCCUUCACUUUGACUGGUCAGACACGUCAGUUGCUUUAAUAACUCAGUUCCAACAUCUCCGCAUCUUAGAACUUAAAUACUUCUGGGUAUUUAAAGGCGUAAGCCCGAGCACCUUGCAAACAUUGACUAAAUCGCUGCCUAACCUUAAGUCCCUUACUCUCCAUGUUCUUGUUCCACUUCGGAAUCUGGGCAUUUCAUACACUCUUGAAUCUCUUUCCUUAGAAUUUCUUGAUGUUUCCCCGAGCCGAGGUCUGGUCUUCUCUUGCCUCAAACUGCCUGCUCUGCGAGAGCUGCGGGCCAAAAAGAUUGUGCGGGGAAUAACUCUGGAUCGCCGGACCAGGCUCCGAAUCCAGAGUAGAUGGCCUUGCUUGUAUCAGGUCUUGCGGGAGGGCACACCCAGGCUGCAAGCCCUCAACAACGAACGACUCCUUCCCAAUUGGAAAGAACAGAGCUAUGGAGAACUUGCCUCCAUUCUCCAGCAGUCCUGCUACUGCAUUCAGCAUCUAGACAGUUGGCUUUGGUGAACAGACUAUAUAUACUUGCAGAAGUCGGGAGGGUAAAAGGCAUUCCUGACGCGCGCGCACACACACACACACUCUAGAAACAGCAGGCAAGAUUUGGGACCAUUUCUUAUUGACAACAAGGUACACCACCUAAAAAGAAAGAAACGAAAAAUCAUCAGGUCAUCAGCAAAUCUCAAAUUCAAGACCAAAUCAUCUGGGACAGCAGCAGAUCUGCCACAAGUCUCAGUUUUGUUUAUUGAAUGAAAAGGAAUAGGCAGCCAAGUUCAGCUGUAUGUAAGAGGUGGUUCCCUGUAUAACUUAUCAGUAAGUGUGGUAUAUUCUUGUGAGACCGUGCAACUUAAUAUGAGAAUAAUGACAUUUGAAAAAUAUGGAAGUGCCUUCAUAUGAGAACAACACUUUUUCCCCAACCUGAGUUCUGUUUAAAGAUGUUGCCAAGUUUCCAUAGUUACCAGGUGGCACAAGUUAGAAAAAUCAAAGAGAAUUUUAAAAAUGCAUAAAAUGACGAAGUCCAGGUCUCAGGAGGGUAAAUGUUGGAACUGCAGAUCUGUACAAUACUGGCAGGGUAAAAGAGAAGUUCAAAGACUAUGGAGAAUGGGUAUUUUCACUCAUUAUUUUAGCAGUCUAGGUGCCUCCUCAAAUAUCUGCUGGCGUACCAUCAGGGAGAAGCAGUGUAUUGUAAAUCAGUUUUAAAGAACAGUAAGUGGAUUUUUUUUUCUCUUGCUUUCUGAAUCAAAAUAGUUGGUGGGCUUUUGGUUCUAAAUAUUACUAAUACUGCAGUAGGUUUACCUGUUUGGUAAACUGCAACAAUCCCAACCAAUAGGAUCACUUAAAAAAAUGUAAAAUUAAAAAAAAAAAAAUCCUAUCCUACAAAAUGUUUUAACAUUUCAGACUUUUGUUAAACAUUUGUUUUUAAGUGUUGCUUCAGACUUUUGUCUUGAGCUUUUUACAUAUAUAAAUUUGCAAGAUAUAUUCAUUUGAUCAUUAAAAUUGUGCUUUUAAAAAAUGAUUUCAUCAUUUAAUUGUGGAUAAUGCUAAAGAGAUGAGACACAGAUGAAGGAGUGUGCUCACAUUGAUGUUGUUUACACGAAUUAUGCUGUGUAGUGUGACUAUGUAAAAAGAUUUGACGUGAUAACCAUGCCAGAGAGGUAUAUCACUUAGAUUAAAUCUAAGGUUAUUUAGUAACAUGGUUUUAUGAGAAGUGAUGGUAGACAUAGACUGCAGAUCCAAAGACUAAUGUACCAAUUAAUUCAACUUUUUUGUUUUGUUUUGCCAAAGGAAAAAAAAAAUGUUUUUCUACAUUUAUCUAAUGUGUAGAAUGUUCCAGCAUAAAGAGAACUUCUUGUAGGUGUAAUACUUCAUACUUAUCCAUAGAGGUCUCCUCACCCACAGCUUUGUACUGCAAUCAGAAUUUCUGCCUAAUUAGUUGGUUUUAGACCCUUGCCCUUUUUAAUGGUCAACAGAACCCAUAUGAUGCAGUGAUAAUUGAAUACUGCAUGGAAUUGUUUACUGCCAGAAUAAAUCAGAUUUGACUGGA